CACUCACGGCGGCCCCAUCUUUCGAGAAGCGAUGAAAAAGCGUCAUCCCGGCCGGCCCCACGGAACCAACCUAACACCGACCUCCGUCCCGUCCAGAAAAAAAAGUACUCACAAAGUGAUGGAUCACGAAGCAAACAGACAAUCGCACACGACAAACCCAAACCCACGACGCUGUAACGUAACUGCGCAGAGACAGACGUUGAAGCCCUAGCCGCAGCAAGACUUUGUACAACAUCCCUUCCAAAGUCAUACUCGUAGCCCGGCGACACCAACUACUCCGCCCGUCGACCCCCACCCAUGCUCGAAAGCUCACGAUAGCUUCCCUUGUCCGCCCCCUCCAAAAUAUGCUCUACGACCUCAAUAUCCCGUGGUCCCCGACCACGGCGUCUGCCGACCUCUCCCGCACGAUAUCCUUCGCCUCUUCGCUGGGCUAUAACGUUCUCGCCCUGAACCAUACAAUAGCGCCGCCGAUUCCGUCCCAGAUUACGAACCCGCUACCAAAGUUCGACUCGUCUCCAACAGCCGCUCCUGCCACGCCUGGCAUCGCCUCUCCGCAGCAGCCGCAGAUGCAGCAGAAGAAGCAGCCGACUAUUCUCCACCGCGUGACGGUUCUCCUCUCCGACCCCUCCCAGAACUACCGCCUCCCCGCCCUCGCCGCCGCCUACGACAUCCUCGCCGUGCGCCCCACCACAGAGAAGGCCUUCCAGGCCGCCUGCCUCUCCAUGGCCGAGCCCUCCCUCAUCUCCCUCGACCUAACGCAGCACUUCCCCUUCCACUUCCGCCCGAAGCCGCUCAUGGCCGCCGUCGCCCGCGGCGUCCGGUUCGAGGUGUGCUAUGCCCAGGUCCUGACCGCCCCGGACACCCGCGCCAGGGCCGUCUUUGUCUCCAACCUCGCCUCCUUGGUGCGCGCGACAAAGGGAAGGGGCAUCGUCGCGAGCUCCGAGGCGCGCUCCCCGCUGGGCCUGCGCGCCCCGAACGACGUCGUGAACCUCCUCGCCGUCUGGGGUCUUGGCAGCGAGAGGGGCACGGAGGCGCUAGGGGUGAACCCGCGCGGGGUCGUCGUGAACGAGGGGAUCAAGAGGAGCGGCUUCCGCGGGGUCGUGGACGUGCUUGAAGUCGGCGGGCGCGAGAACGACGUCAAGCAGCAGCAGCAGCAGCGGCAGCAGGGGAAGAAGAACGGCGGCAAGGGUAAGGGGACCAAGGACGUGAAGCAAGGCGAAGGCGAGGACAAGGGCAACGGGCAGAAACGCAAGACGCCGGACGAGUCGGGCGACGGUGCGCAGCAGACGAUAAGCAAGAGACAGGCUAAGAAGUUGAGGGUAGCGUUGAAGGAGAAGGAGAAGGAGGCGACAUAGGGAUAGCCGCCUCUCUUC